CCAUCCAUCCCAUUCCAUUCCCCAUUUCGAAUUCGAAUUCGAGUUCGCAAGCGCACGCCUCGAUCGAGCCCCGCCCGCGGCUGGAUCGAGGCGAGGGGGAUGCAGCAGAGGCCUGCGGUGGCGGCCAUGGAGGAGGAGCAGGCGCCGGUGGUGGCGCGGCUAGGGUUCUGGCUGGCGGCGCGGCGGCGGCUGGCCCCCGACGACCCCUUCUUCGCUGCCGGCAACAUGGAGCGCGAGCUCCUCGCCAAGCAAGUUGCUCUGGACCUCUCGGAUGAUGAACGGUACCAGCUUGAGAGGAUGGAAGUGGCGAGUACCAACACCUUUUUUUGCCCAAUUUCUGGCUGUGGUGCUCAUCUAGAUUGCUUGGAGAACUUUGAGGACCACUAUAGCACCCGGCAUACUGCUUCAUGCUCUGUAUGUUGGAGAGUGUAUCCAACUUCAAGGCUGCUAAGCAUUCAUAUUUCUGAGGCACAUGAUUCCUUUUUUCAAGCAAAAGUUGCUCGUGGCUUUCCAAUGUACGAGUGUUUGGUGGAGGGUUGUGGGGUGAAGUUGAAGAGCUAUAAAAGUCGGCAGCAGCACCUUGUUGAUAAGCACCAGUUUCCCAAGUCAUUUGAAUUCUUCAAAAAGGCACGCCCUUCACAACGCCAGCGGCACAAGAAUCAGAAGCAGAGGCAAACAGUUCACAAGGGAGGAGAAGAAACGAUGGAAACUUUAAUGGAUGUUGAUGGGAAGGGUUCAAGGCACAUGAAUCGGAGAUAUCAGCCGAAGCAGCGGCAUGAUGUUAAGGAGUCCAAAGAGAACGAGCAGCAUAGCUGCAAGGAGCCCAGCAACAGCGAAAUGGAGGUUGACAAGCAGAUUGAUGAGCUCUCCUCAGCUGUAUCCAAACUGAGCACAGCAGAUUCGACGCCUUCUAGCAUAAGCUUCGGCCAUCGUCGCUCUCGUGGUCUUGCCUUUGUCCCUAGGUCAAUUCGCCAGAACAAGCAGGUUUCUCAGGCACAACCAAAAUGACGGCACUUUGUCUUGGUUCGUUGUUGAUCCUGUAUCCACUAACAAUCCUGAAUGUGUUCCUUCUUGAUGUGGGGCCUUCACAGAAUCCAGUAAUAUACGAUUGUAUGACGAGAUGUGUUGUAUCUGUUAUAAUCUUUGGUGAUGGAGGUACUAAGCUUGCUGUUACUGUCAUUUAGAGCAUUUUUUUUUCUUUUGGGAGCAAGUGAAAGUUGACAAGUGAUGACAUUCAUCGUUCGUUUCUGCUGAUCAUCUCAGCUCAUU